AUGGCCUAUUACACGAUGGUCACAUAUGCACCUGAAUCUCCAGAGAUCGACGGGAAGAUCAUCAACGCAAAUUCAAGGUCGUUCAUCAUCGGCGCAAAAUCACCAAGCACUUACUGUGAUCUCAACAACCCAUCUGAGUGCCCCAACAGCUCUUCUACGCUCGUAAACAAUGACAUGACCCUUUUAGCUUCUGCCGUGCCUGGAGGUCAAUUCAUCUGGGUCGGCCUUGAUGGUUCGGUGUCUUAUGCAUCGCCCCAUUCUGCCUUCCGACCUCCCGGAUCACAGAUGGGUGGUUUUUACCCCGUGAAGCUCCUAUCUGAUUGCGCGACUUCAAUUACAGUUCUCGUCUGGCAAUCACACGAUGGCGCCUCUGGGCUAUGGGCCUGCCCCAGAUCACCCAAGGAGCCCCUCUUUCGAGAGGCCGUCUUGAAAGCUUCCGUCGCUAAUUUUGUAAAUGAUGGGUGCCUUGAAGUGGAAGCGAUCCAGAUCAUGGAGGCUGGAGACGAAUAUGGGGCAUGGGCUUAUACUUGA